AUGGUGAAGCUUCAGGCUGCGACAGUCUCCACCAAGCAAGCUUCUAACAAGAGGAAGCGCAACACCAACCAGAAGUGUAAUAAGGCAGGAGUUGAUGUUGGCGAAGUCGCUGUUGUAACAACCAAGACGCAUGAUGGUGGCAAAAAACCUCGCCGAGCUCCGAAAGACGAAGCCUUCACCACGAAACCCUCGCUUGUGCGACGGGAAUCUUCUAACGUGGUUGAAACUACCAUUCCAUGGCCAGAAGAGUUUACCAAACUAUCUCAGACACAUCACGCCUUAAAUCUUGUCUACACAUUCUUCUGCACUCGAAAACACCUGGCCACGACUGUUGAUAACAUCAAGAAGGCUGUCGAGAGUCACAUCAAGCGAGAGCUUUUGAUUGAGGACAUUGCCAAAAUCAAGGCCCUAGUGCCUCGCGCCGUCAAUUUUACCUAUGUCAAUGAGUCGACCCUACAGGUCACUGUUUCAGGCGAAGACGGUGGAAUUAAAAAUGGCCGAGCUAAAUCAUUCCGGUCUUUGGAUCUUGAUGCGGAGAACCCAUCAGAAGAGGGGGCAGUAGAAGGCAUCGACGAAGAGGUCUUGCUCUUCGAGUUCAUUGAUGGAGAUCUGAAGCGUCAAGUAACCCACGCGAAGACUGGGGAGCCGACGAAACCCUUCCGAAAAUUGCGAGAGGAAGACUUGAAGAUGCCUGUCUUCAGCCAAAAGCAAAUGAUCAAACUGAUUGAGAAGCGAAAUAAGAAGUUUAUAUCAGCCAUCAAUGCCUUCUUAAACCAGUGUGAUGCUGACUGUGUUGACCCUCUUCCUCAUCUUUCUGCGCUUCACAAAGAUCAUUUGCCCAAAAAAUCAAGCCAUGAUGAUACUGUACCCUCGCCGCAACCGGCUGUCCCACCGCCUUCGAUACCCAGCGAAAGGGAAAGUAUAGCAACAAUAAUUACAGAUAUCAAAGCUAAUGAAUGGUACACUGGUCAGAUUGUUCCAGAUGGCCACCGAAUUUUCGACCCUCAACCUCCAAUUUAUGGUGAUCUCGAAUUCCAGCUCUCCCAAAAUCUUGUCAACGCUUUGUACAAUACACAAGGCAUUACCCAACUUUACGCUCACCAGGCAGAAGCGAUCAAUAAUCUCUACAACGGCAAUAACGUGAUUGUAGCGACGUCCACAAGCUCUGGCAAGUCCUUAAUCUACCAGAUACCCAUGCUUCAUGAGUUGGAGUGUGAUUCAGAUGCUCGGGGCAUGUACAUCUUCCCAACUAAGGCCCUUGCUCAAGAUCAGAAACGCAGCAUGAAAGAGCUUCUAGAUUGUAUGCCCGGCUUCGAGGAUGUUCUCGUCGAUACUUUCGACGGUGACACAGCCAUGCCAGAUCGCAACUACAUCCGUGAUGAGGGCAGGAUUAUCUUUACUAACCCCGACAUGCUACAUAUCACAAUUCUUCCACAAGAAGACAAAUGGCGAUCAUUCCUGAAGAACUUGCGAUUUGUUGUGGUGGAUGAGUUGCAUGUCUACAACGGACUCUUCGGUGCGCACGUGGCUUUUAUCAUGCGAAGAUUGAGGAGAAUUUGUGCAGCGGUUGGGAACCGUCAUGUCAAAUUUGUGUCUUGCUCUGCUACCGUUGCGAACCCCGAAGAGCAUAUGAGAACUAUUUUUGGCGUUGAUAAGGUCAUGUUGACAGACUUCGACGGCUCGCCAUCUGGAAGAAAAGAAUUCAUAUGUUGGAACACCCCCUUCAAGGACCCCAAGGAUCCUUCAUCUGGCCGAGGAGAUACCAUGGCAGAAACGGCACGAUUAUUUUGUCAAUUGAUUCUACGAGGUGUCAGGGUCAUAGCUUUCUGCCGAAUCAGAAAACAGUGUGAGGUUCUUAUCACCGCUGUUCGGAAUGAGGCUACCAAUCUGGAGAGAGACGAUCUUGCAGCUCGGACAAUGGGCUAUCGUGGAGGCUAUGCACCUCAGGAUCGGCGGAGGAUUGAGCGCGAGAUGUUCGAGGGAAAGCUCAUGGGAAUCAUCGCGACCAAUGCACUAGAGUUAGGCGUCGACAUCGGCUCUCUUGAUGCUGUUCUGACUGUCGGCUUCCCCUAUACCAUCGCCAAUUUACGCCAACAGAGUGGAAGGGCUGGACGUCGAAAUAAAGACUCCCUCUCCAUCCUUGUUGGCGACUGCUUCCCAACUGAUCAAUACUACAUGGAAAACCCAGAUGAAAUUUUUACAAAGCCAAAUUGCGAGCUACAAGUUGACCUGCAGAACAUGCUUGUUCUAGAGGGCCAUAUUCAGUGCGCGGCCUUUGAAUUGCCCAUACGCCCAGAUGACGACAGUUCAUACUUUGGCAAACAGCUACCAGAGAUAGCCGAAGAAAGAAUGGUCAAGGAUCCACUUGGCUUCUAUCAUUGUAACGCGCGGUUUCGACCACAACCGUCUAGGUGUGUGGCCAUUCGUGACACUGAAGAUGGCCAUUUCGCUGUGAUUGACAUAAGUAACGGUCGUAACAUCGUCCUUGAAGAGGUUGAACCUUCCCGGGCGUUCUUCACCAUCUACGAAGGCGGUAUAUUCCUUCACCAAGGUUACACAUACCUCGUGAAAGAAUUCUCUCCAGAGGAAAAGUAUGCCAAGGUCAUGCUGGUAAAAGUUGACUGGACUACGCAGCAGCGUGAUUUUACUGAUGUCGACCCUAUCGAGACCGAAGCUAUUCGGCGCAUCCCGGAAUCACUUUCUCGGGCAUACUAUGGAGCCAUCAAAAUCCGGCAGACUGUCUUUGGGUUCUUCAAAGUCGACAAAAAACGUCGGAUCCUUGAUGCUGUUCAGGUAGACAAUCCUCCGAUAGAGAUUUUCUCGAAAGGGAUGUGGCUUGACGUUCCCAAAAGUGCACUUCUAAUCCUCAAUUCUCGGCGCCUUAACGUUGCGGGUGCUAUUCAUGCAGCGGAGCACACUAUGAUGAGUUUGAUGCCCCAGUUCGUAAUAAGUAUGCCUGGGGAUGUGCGCACGGAAUGUAAAAAUGCGCUGAAGGAGUUUGCGACGAAGGAAACAUCUCGUAAACGUCCAGCCCGACUGACCUUCUACGACACCAAAGGAGGUGCUGGUGGAUCUGGCAUUGCGGGCAAAGCCUUUGAAUUCAUUGAUCUGCUGCUAGUUCGUGCAUGCGAGAGAGUCGCUGCCUGCCAUUGUCUCGAAGGUUGCCUAUCCUGUUGCUGUAGUGAGAGCUGCAAGGAAAAGAACUUGGUCAUGUCUAAGGCCGGUAGCGAGGUCAUCCUUAAAUGUCUAAUGGGGAAAGAAAGGGAUAUAGAUUUAGAUGCUCUCCCUUGGGGCCCCGAGGACGAAAAAGUACCAGCAGGAAUUGAGACUGUUGUUGAAGCACGUGAGAUUCGGCCUGCAAGGGGAAAACGGAUCGAAGAAAUAAUGGUGCAAAGAAGCGGAGGUACGGUACAGUCUGUUGUACUCUCGCAGAUUGGAGACGCUGGAGAGGAUAUGGUGGAAGUCAAAGAGGAGCCUGUUGACUCGUGA